CUGUUACGUAAUGACCCCUCAGCACUGCUAUCGCCGCCUAUCACCUUCUGUUUGCUAAGUAGCUAUCUGUACGGGAAAGUGGGUGUAAUGGAUUGAUUUGCGGACUGUAACGUUAGCGAAAUUACGCGCCUGUCAAAACAUCACACUCCUAAAAACCACAACCAUGUUUGGCCGGUCACGGAGCUGGGUUGGAGGACAGGGGAAAGCGAAAAACAUUCACUCCCUGGACCAUUUGAAAUAUAUGUACCAUGUCCUUACCAAAAACACCACAGUGACAGACAACAACCGAAAUCUUCUGGUGGAGACCAUCCGCUCCAUCACAGAGAUCCUCAUCUGGGGGGACCAGAAUGACAGCUCUGUAUUUGACUUCUUCCUGGAGAAAAACAUGUUUGCAUUCUUCCUGAACAUUCUUCGUCAGAAGUCGGGACGCUACGUGUGUGUCCAACUCCUCCAGACCCUCAACAUACUGUUUGAAAACAUUAGCCAUGAGACUUCCCUAUAUUACCUCUUGUCGAACAACCACGUGAACUCCAUAAUUGUGCACAAGUUUGACUUCUCGGACGAGGAGAUUAUGGCUUACUAUAUCUCCUUCCUCAAGACCCUGUCACUCAAACUCAACAACCACACUGUGCACUUCUUUUACAAUGAGCACACUAAUGACUUUGCCCUGUACACCGAGGCCAUUAAGUUUUUCAACCAUCCUGAAAGCAUGGUCCGCAUCGCAGUCCGGACCAUCACACUCAACGUCUACAAAGUUUCAUUGGACAACCAGCACAUGCUGCACUACAUACGAGAUAAGACAGCGGUUCCAUAUUUCAGCAACUUGGUCUGGUUUAUUGGCAGCCAUGUAAUCGAACUGGACAAGUGUGUGCAGACAGAUGAAGAGCAUAGGAACAGAGGGAAGUUAAGUGACCUUGUAGCAGAGCACCUUGACCACCUGCAUUACCUGAACGAUAUCCUCAUCAUCAACUGUGAAUUCCUUAAUGACGUUUUGACCGACCACCUCCUCAACCGUCUAUUCCUGCCCCUCUAUGUCUACUCUUUGGUUAUCCCUGAAACGUCUGAAGAGCGAAAGAUUAAUCCUCAGGUCUCCCUCUACCUGCUGUCUCAAGUUUUUCUGAUCAUUCACUAUCAGCCAAUGGUCAACGCACUGGCUGAAGUUAUUCUCAAUGGAGAUCUGUCCGUCUUCACCCCACAGACGGAUAUACACAAGAACACGGCCAGUGCAGGAGGUGUACGUUGCUUCACCAAGCCCCUGGAGUCUCUGGAGCGCUCCCUGGAGCUGUCUCGCCACCGCGGCCGCAAGAGAACUCAGAAGAGGCCUAAUUACAAGAACCUAGGCGAGGAGGAGGAUGACGAAAGAGCUCGGGGAGGAGGCAGCGGAGGAGGAGUAGAGGAGGGCCGGGACGACGACAGCAGAGGAGGAGAGAGGGAGGGAGGUCGAGAGAGGGAGAAAGGAAAAGGUACAGAGGGAGUAGGAGGAGGGAGUUCUAAGGGAAGCAGAGCGAGUGGGGAGACGGCGGAAGAGAUAGAGAUGGUGGUGAUGGACAAGUGUAAGGUGUCAGAGCUGACGGAGCAGAACAUCACUGAUGAAGAGAAGACUGCUGCAGCCACCCGCACACACACGCAGAGGAGCAGACCAUUCUUAGACAUGGUGUACAGUGCUCUCGACUGCACCAAUGAUGACUACCAUGCCCUGUUUGUCCUCUGCCUGCUUUAUGCUGUAUCACACAGCAAAGGUAUUAACCGAGAUCUUCUGGAGCGUCUGCAGUUGCCAGUUCCUGACCAGGAGAAGACCUCUUACAGCCUGGUGCUGGUAGAGAGACUGAUUAGAGUUAUGAGCCAGGCCUCACAGCCAGAUGGUAAAGUGCGUCUAGCUACCCUGGAGCUGAGCUGCCUUUUACUGAAGCAGUCUGUGCUAUCUGGAAACCACUGUAUAAUCAAAGAUGUACAUCUGGCCUGCCUGGAGGGUGGUAGAGAAGAAAGUCUGCAUUUACUGCGGAGAUUCUACAAGGGCGAGGAGAUCUUUCUGGACAUGUUUGAAGAUGAAUACAGGAGCAUGACGAGUAAGCCCCUGAAUGUGGAGUAUCUAAUGAUGGAUGCCUCAGUGCUGCUGCCACCCACCGGUACCCCACUGACUGGCAUAGACUUUGUCAAGAGACUGCCCUGUGGAGACAUGGAGAAGACACGCAGGGCAAUCCGUGUGUUCUUCAUGCUGAGGUCCUUAUCGCUUCAGCUUCAGGGAGAACUUGAGACGCAGCUGCCUCUGACCAGACCCGAAGACCUUAUCAAAACUGAUGACGUCUUAGACCUCAAUAACAGUGACCUAAUUGCUUGUAUGGUGGUAAGUAAAGAUGGCGGCCAGGCCCAGAGGUUCCUCGCUGUAGAUGUGUACCAGAUGAGUCUGGUCGAACCAGAAACCAAACGCCUUGGAUGGGGUGUAGUCAAGUUUGCCGGCCUUCUGCAAGACAUGCAGGUGUCUGGCGUUGAGGAUGACAGCAGAGCAUUGAACAUUGUCAUCCAUAAGCCCAGCUCCAACCCCCACGCCAAGCCUCUGCCCAUCCUACAGGCCAACUUCAUCUUUGCCGACCACAUCCGCUGCAUCAUCGCCAAGCAGAGGCUGGCCAAGGGUCGCAUACAGGCCCGACGAAUGAAGAUGCAGAGGAUUGCAGCUCUGUUGGACCUGCCUGUGCAGCCCAGUGCGACGGAGGUGUUGGGUUUCAGUCAGACAGCAAACGCUUCACCCAGCGGCCUGCCUUUCCGGUUCUACGAGCAGUCAAGACGGGGGCCCAACGACCCCACGGCAAAUAGAGCAGUUUUUGCCUCUGUCGAUAAAGUACCAGGUUUUGCCGUGGCUCACUGUGUGUCGCAGCACAGUCCCUCGCCCCUCUCCUCCCCCUCGCCUCCCUCCAGUGGGAGUGGGAGCACAGGAAGAUGUGACUCUGUUACUGCAAGUACUAUAUCGGCUCAGAGCCCCACAGAUGAUGGUACGUUUUUGGACCACACCCCACCCUCCUCCUCUGGCGGAGAAGGGGAAGGAGUAGGUGGAGAAGUAAUGCUUGUCGCCUCUACUCCCUCGCCCCCAGUCACGGCUCCGGCCCUGGCCCCAAGCCUCACCCCCGCGUCCCAGCCCAACAUCUCCCUCCUUACAGACAACAACGCAGAGACACUCAGCGUGGAGUCGCUCACACUGCUGCCCCCAGCAGGCUCACCACACCUGCACCCCUGUGCCAGCCACAUUCCCGCAGCGCACUCCUUCCAGAGACCAGACGCCUCCAUCGCAGAGGAGGAGGAGGAAGAGGAAGAGGGGCAUAGGAAAGAAGAUCAAAGAGAAGAAGAGGAGGAGCAGCAAGAGGAAGAGGGGUCCCCGAUGGAUGAGACGGAGACAGAUGCAACGGUAAAAGAGGAAACCACGACAACAGAGUUGGUCACCCCCACUGACGAGGAACCAGAGGGAGUAGAUAAGCCAGAAGGUGAAGACACACCUCUAGAGGUGAAUAUAGACAAACUCUCUGCUACAGAGCUGCCAGAAAGAGAAGAGUACGUAGAGAACACAGAAAAUACAGAGAUGCACACUGACACACAAGACUCGCCUGAGCUGGAUUAAGCAACACACACUCAAUCAUGUUCAUGCAUUUAAACUUGUCUCUAAGAGGACAGUGAAUAUAUCCAGCUUGACUGCAGUAUAUUUUUAUGUUGAGACCUGUAGAAUAGGAUAGGAUUUUGGAGAACUCUUAACAUUUGUGUUUCACAUGAUGGAAGACUUUUCUUUUCUUUUCUCUGAGACAACAGAGGAUGAGACACUGGUCGAGCUUGAGAAGGCUUGAAGCACAUUUGGGUUUCUGUGCACUUGUACAUCCAGUUGUGUUUUUAAGCAAGCGUGUGUAAAGGCGCGCAACCAGCAAUGUUUUUUACUCAUUCUGAUUGUUUGUCAGCUCAAAGAAACACACACAUACGCCACUUGCUGCUGACGUGAGCUCUUUAUCAACUUUAAAAAGACCUGCUUUGUUUUUGUGUCUUAUGUUCACCGCUAAUGUUUUGUGGUGGUUGUGAUCACUUCCAAGCAAACAGACGCACACACACACACACUAUACACACAGUCUACACAGAGUCAGCUGCACUUGCCUUUUAACUGCUGCAUGUCCGACACGUAAACAGUUACUGCCACAUAGAACUGCCAAUGGGGGUGUGUGAGUGUGGGGGGGUUCUAACUGGUGUCUAUUAUAGUAAUGAUCCAUUCAUUUACUAACUGGUGUCUAUUAUAGAAAAUGUAUUACAUUAUCUGCAGCAUCUAGAGCAAGGAGGGAGCAGGUCUUCUACUGUAAACAAUUAUUGGAUGUUAACGUGACGUUGUAGCUGUUGUGCCCUGCUAGUAAGCAUUUUGAUUCAUACAUCUUGGAAUGUAAGGUGUAUGAAAGCAGCUCUUUGCUUGUCAUCACAGCCAGCUGUUGAUUUCCAUUAUAGUUCAUAUUAAUCUCUUGGGCUGACGGUUUUGUACGGGUUGCCUGAGGGCCGUGUAACAAAGCAUUUUUUUCCCCGGAUAUGCAACAGUAUUUAACAGACCUUGACAUUGUUGGAUUCGGUUUUUAUUUUCAACUUUCUAGAGAACUUCCUUCCCAUAGCCGUAUUCUGGAUCAUAUCCUGCAGGGAUUAGAAAAUGCGUGUUCAUUCAGUGAGACGAUUCACCAAUCAGCAACCUGGAUAACAGAAUAAUUGAUGUGAAAGAUCUGAAUGGAGCUUAAGAAGUGGUACACUGGCUAUCCAUAAUGGAUAGCAGUUCACUGAGUAAUAGUAAAUAAUUCACUGAGUCCAUGCAGGCUUUCAGACCUUCUCUACAUAAAGAGCUUCAGUCUGUUGCAACACGGCUGAACUGCUAUUUGGCUCAUUGAAAAGCUGAGAAUUGUUUGAUAUAUUUUGGAAUAUAAAACAAGUCAGUUUGCUUGGUUAAAUGUAAUUUUUGAUAUCCUCAUAGGGGGUUAUAAUAUAAUAAGAUAUCAGGGAUGUUAGAAGUGCCGACGUCAAAGGGUCAUGAGACAGCGUUUAAAAUAACAUCUGCGUUUUUAGUUCCGCACACGGCCACAACAACACUGCGUUGAAUGUAUCUGCUGGUUGCCCGUCAGGCACUGACCUGAGCUCAGUUUUACUCUCCAUGUUUCUGGGAAUGGGCUUAAAUAGAAAUGCUGCGUUCUAGUUACCUUGGAGGUCGGAGUUCUUAAACUGGGAAUGACGUCACACCCGAGUUGAUUGUGUUCCAGAAACGACUCAUAAAACAGUGUUGGGUUGAUAACAAUUCAUCAUGCUGUGUUUUGCUGUAGCAA